UGCCAAAACUUCUUAAAUACAGACCCGGAUUCCCUCUUUUGGCCAUUCCCUUUAUGUCUAACGAGAGUAUCGGCUGGCCAUGGAAAAUUCCAGCUAUCCGCUGCCGCCGCGCCCCAGCCAAGGCCUCCCAAUGCUGAGGGCGUCGAGAAUCCACGAUUUCGGGCACCUUCCUGGCCAAGCAUGGCUGCAUGUCCUCGAGUACCUCGACGCAGAGUCGCGCCUGAACGUUGGUGACAUCGGACCCAACUUUAAGGAGCUAGCUGUCGACAACGUCGCACUCUUGCGGACCAUACGAUGCGACGCCCACAGCGACGCGGCCUCCUUGCGAUGGCUCCUCGAGCUAGGCCGAUGCGCGCACGUGAGGAGGCUGUACCUGAACGACUGUGUCGUGGCGCGUCCUGCGGAGCUGCUUCAGUGCAUCGUCAUGUGUACAUCCCUGACCGAACUGUACUGCGUCCGCUGCCCGCUGGACCUCGAAGCGCUUUUUUCGACCACGUGUCUUCUUUUCCUGCGGAGGCUGGAGUGGACGCUGCGCUGCGACGAUAGGCUGCAACGUUGCUUCGAGGGCGCGAAAGCAGGCCGCUUCUCGUUCGCCCUGAGCGCGCCGCUGUCCGACAUGUACGUGGAAGUGGAGAGCGACGAGCACCCCAGCUACCCUUUCCUGGAACUGGUGCUGCGCCGAUGCCGGAAACUGCGGCGCCUUCACGUGCACGCCGUGAAGGACACCUGCGGGACCUCGGUGCAGCAGUGCUCGACGCUCGCCGCAACGGACUGCACAGAGUGGCUCCACACGUUCGUGUUCACGACAGACGCAGACGUGACGACGAUGCGCAGGUGCACCGAGAGCGUGUCGCAACGCGCCCUGGAGUUGCAGCGCAACGCGCUCGUGUGUGGAAACGUCGUCGUAGACUGCAGGGACGCAGUCUCGAGCUGCGUCCGGCUCGACGACCUCGCGCGUAGUCCCCGGUGGCUGGGCACCCAAAAGCAGGUUGUCCUCGUAACUGACGUCGCGGCCACGCGCCAAUUCGCCUUUGUCGCCGCUGCUUGCGCGUGGCAAACAGUUAGAGCCCUGACGCUGGUCUCGCCGAUCCUGCAAGCGCCGGAUUUACCAGGGGCACCCAGAUUGUGCGACGGCAUCGCCACUUUGCUGUACGCCUGCGGCAACGUCACCGAACUCAACCUGAAUGCGUUCCACUUUCCCGAAAGCGCCUCCUUCUCUCGUUUCCCGGGGAGCCUUGUCCUUCUGCGGGCCCUUUCGGUGGCCCCCUGUUUCCUAAUGGGGCAGCGCUUCUGCCUGGAGUCGCUCGCGAAGGUGUGUGUCAGGCUCGAAGAGCUCGAUGUGCGCGCCAACUACGUUGGAAUCGCCAAGGACGCGUGCGUGCCUUGCAGCGAGGGUGCGUUUUCUCUGCGCCCACCGGAGCGCCGAAAUCCGCUGCCCGAGAAGCUGAUUCGUCUGAAAAAGCUCACGCUUUCGUACACGGCUCAGCUGAACUGGUUCGCCUUCGUCAACGCUUGCGACGUCGCCGAGCUGCGACUGUGCGGCCGUGACUUCGACCUUGGACGAAGCAGCUACGCUGCGCUGAGCUUGUUGCUGGCCGGCAAUCACCGACUGUUUGCUCUGCUCGUUCAGGGAGACGGCUUGCGCCUGGACGACGACCGUUUGAUGCUCGACGUGACGAAAGCGCGGAACUUGCGCUACUUGUGCCUCCUCUCGAACGUGCGACUUCCUUCCGCCGUGGUGGAGCGGUCGGGGCACGAACUAGUGCGGGCGCUGCCCGCGCUGAUGGCCUUGCACGCGCAGUUCAGGCACGUCCACACCGGUCAACUGGAACGUGUCUCCUGGAUUCGCCAAGGCUACGGCCACCGCUACGAGCCUCGUCGGUACAUGACUGUUGCCAACAGGUCUUGCGCACUGUGCACCACCUCGACGUUCAUCGGGCUCGCGAAGCCGCGCUGUUAGUACCAUGUUGUGAGCUCUAAGUGGAGGGGGGGGGGAGAUUGGUCUCGCGUUUUAUCUUUUGACGACGUCCUUUAUUGGCACGCGUAAAUGUAUGGUCUCUCCACUCUUGUUCGCAAUCCCGCAGCCUCCUGCAGUUACAGAAAGCCCGCCUUGAAGUUCGUGGGAGCCAACGGCAGGUUCCACGUGAAAGUGUUCUAAAUGUGCGUUUACCGCUGUUCCGCUGUCGCAUACAUCUGCAUGAGCGGCGAUGCCAAACGUUUCCACAGCUGACGUCCUCACAACCGAUUCUAAAUCGGAAACGAACACCAAAACCGUGGUGUGCUCUAAGGCAUUCGUUUCCAGGUUUUGAAGUCACUCGGUAGGCAUUGCGUAGGUGUUCUGGUGGGUAGAGCCUUCUAGAUAUUUGGUAAUCGGUGAAAUUUUACAUUACAGUGUGGAUAAAUCCGAGUGUGCGAUUUAGUGUUUAUUUUUGUCACCUUUUAUCCUUCUCUGAUGUAGCAUCUGUCGUCUUUUUUUAACUUCAUAUUGACGUGUGCUUAGUGAAAUAAAAAUAAGUACCAUCUUAUGUCUGACAAAUUGGUAGAAACAAUGCUGCUUUACCUUCUUUUUAACAUGAUGAUGCCCACAUGACAUAU